AAGUGCAAGUGUUACAGUGCGAGUUUUACGUACACGGAGAAAUUCACCUUGAAACAAUGUCUGACUUUGAGUACCAUGUAAUCCAGUCUAAGAAAGACCUCGACUCUGAGGAUGAAUCUGGAUCAUUAAAGACUCAGAAGAAAACAACCAAAAGGAAAAACGCUUCUCAGAUCCCGAAACGUGACGCGGGCUGGUCGCUGGACAGAAACGUCGUCGAAGAAUGUGCUAGUAAAAGCAAGAAGAUCAAACCAAAGAAAACUGUGAAAAAGCACGCAUCGUCCGUGUUAAUAACUGAUACGUUGCAGGACAGUGACACUGACCUUGAUGAAGAAGACAAAACUAAAAGUACGACAACCAAGUCGAAGAAAGAGACACCUGAUUGUAAGCCAGGCUGGUUUUCAAACUGGGGUGACGAAGGACAUGUUGAAGCCCAGCGUCGAGCAUCCGCUGCCAACUCUCUGUCGUCCGUGCUGAUACGUCGCGUCCCAGGCGGCUACGUGCGUCGCACAGCUUCGUUAACCGGUGAUCUUUUUAUUGAUCUUAAACUGUAUAACGUAGUAGAUAUUCAAAACGUUCCAUCUGAAGCCCGUUGGGAGAAAGCGCUGGUUAAUUUUAAAUAUCGUGUGGAUUCCGUUUCGGAUAUAGUAGAUGGAAUAAAUAAGAUUCUAAAGCGUUGUAAGGACGACUUUACAGAUGAAGGAACCUUUUUCCCAGAUAAAAAAAGCCAAUAAUCUUUAAUCUUUUUUACGUCUAAUUUAGUCUAUUCCUAUGUCAAUAGGCAAAAUGCCUCAUAAUAGCUCCAUAUUUUGUUCAGUGUGUGACAUAAGUAUUCCAAGUAAAGCCUUUUCUGCUCACUUGCGCACUAACUUGCAUAAAAAUAAUAACUCUGUUCAAUUAACUCCUGAUAUUGAAAAAAUAAGCAGCGCUUUCCGUAGUAGAAUAGCAUCAUACAGAGUGCGUGGACCAGAGAGUAGCCUCCAUGACUCACCGGUAAAGUUUCUGUGCGCUCUUCGUAGACAUAUUAAACAUAUUCUCGAAGCGAGAAGGCUUGCUUUUGGAUCUAUAAAGGUUAACUUUGAACUGUUUGCUGAAUUUGGUUUGCCGAAAAAUGAAGCAUGUGAAAUUAAAUCAUUCGCUACGCAAAAUAUCAUUUUACAUCAGAGUUACGAAUUUAAAGAAAUAUUUUCAACCAUUUUGAACACAUUGAGCACGAAAAUUGAUGAAUUUCAAGAACGGGACAGUGGCUGGAGCUUUCUACGAAACUUAUAUCUCGAGAUAAACAUAAACAAAUAUAAUCCUCUUAGAGCGUCUAGAUUUAUAGAAUUACCAAAGUUAAUAAAACAUCGAAGAGCUUGUGUAAAUAUUAAAAACAAUGAAAGUAGCACUAUCUUCGAAUGAUGAUAAACGAGUAAUAUUAAAAGACAAUAUUCACACACUUGCGUGGGGACAUGCUUCAUUUUUCUAAAUAUAGUUAUAUAGUGAUAUUUUAAAGGAAACUUUGAACUAAUUUGUAAACACCUACUUUACUUUUUAAGUUAGCUAUGCCAGUAUGUAUAUUAUUAUUAAAUAAACUUUAAAAAAAAAA